ACCAUAUAUACAUGUGAUACAACAUGCCUUUUAUUGCUGUUCAUGCUGGUGCUGGAAAGUUCAAUGAAGAAGAUGUCAAAGAAUUGAAGAGUGUUUGCAGACUAGCUUGCGAUAAAGCUAUGGUGAAGUUAAAAGAUGGUUGUGAUGUUAGUGAAGCAAUUACUGUAGCUAUUAGUGCACUGGAGAAUUCUCCAUUAACUAAUUGUGGUACUGGCUCAUGUCUAACUUAUAAAGGAACUGCUGAAUGUGAUGCCAGUAUUAUAAAUGGGAAAGGAGACUUUGCUUCUGUUGGAGCUGUUUCUGGUGUCAAGAAUCCAAUAGUGUUAGCUCAUCAGUUGUUGUUAAACCAGUCAAAAGGAUUAAUGUCAUUAGGUCGUAUACCACCAAUGUGUCUGUGUGGUGAUGGGGCACACCAAUGGGCUAUUGAGAAUGGAGUACCUGUUUGUAAUCCCGAUGAUCUAAUUACUGAAGAAGCAAAAGAGGUAUAUUUGGAUCAUAUUGAGAGAUUGAGAAGAGAAGAUGCAAAGGAAGGAAGUGAGCAAUGUGCUGCUAAAAGAAGAAAAGUCAAUGAUAGCCAAAGUAAACUGGAUACAGUUGGUGCUGUUUGUAUUGAUGCUAAUGGAUUGAUAGGAGCUGGUGUAUCCAGUGGAGGAAUAUCAUUGAAACACACUGGAAGAAUAGGACAAGCUGGUGUGUAUAGAUGUGGUUGUUGGGCCAAGAGACACAGUGACUCAUCACAGAUAGCAUCCAGUGCAUCAGGUGUAGGGGAAUAUCUCAUUAAGACUCAACUAGCAAAAGAGAUUACUACUUCACUUGUGGGACAGUCAGUGACUAUACAGAAUGCCUUCCAUCAGACAUUUCUUGAUAAUGUUAUUCUUGCUGGAUGCAAUACAAAAGAAGCUGGAGUCCUUGUGUUACAUGUUUCACCAUCAGGUUCUAUUGAGUUGAGUUGGGUACAUUCUACGGAUGACAUGCUCAUUGCUUACAAUUCUAAUGAUAAAUCAAAGUCUUUUAUGUCUCAACUGGAAGAAAAGGCAGUACCUGGAAUAAGAACAACAGCUGGAUGGCUUUCAUUUUAAUUAUUAUUGUUUUUAUUUAUUGUAAAAAGUGUGUAAUAUUAAUUUGAGGUGGAGCUUUAGUUUAUUCAUUG